UAAAAGUUAUCACAUUUUUAUACAAUUUAAAUUGGCUUCUUUCAAAUCAGUAAAGUUUAAAUAAUUCUCCAGACGUCAGCUGAAAAUGAAGGUUCUGGUAUGUCUUGUUCUUGUAGUUUGCGUUGGUGUCGCCGAAGUUUCUAUUCUUCAUUGUGAUUUGGACCCGAACCAGUUGGAGAAAUAUGCAGUUUGUAUGAGGGAAAGACUCUCAAACACAUUUCUAGAGAGACUGGCUGAAUGCAUGAAGAAAUAUUACCCAGACAUGACUGAUGCUGGAAUGUUGGCUGAUGCAUGUACACCUAGCAAAGAUGCAGUACAUAUGGAACUAUGCAUGCGGCCUGUACUGCUCGCAGAAAAAGAAGCAUAUAGACAGAUCACAGAAGAAUGCUUCAUAUCUGUCAAUUUCUCUUAGGUAUUUUAACCCUAAGAGAUGUUAGAGUGACCAACCCUUAGGAUUCAUUCAAAGAACGAAAGGACAGCGUUUUAUUUGUUCUUUUUAACCCUGUUUUCUAUUUCUGAUGUUAAAAAGCAUAAAUUGAUAAUAUUGUAAGGGGACUUAAAGAAAAUAAAUAAGAAAUUUACUUUUAUGGAUAA